ACGCUUUCUUCUUUUUUCCUCUUUCAGAAUUGCACUGGAAGAAAAGAGGGUUCAGGUUUUGAUUCAGGUCAAAUAAAUAACAAAAUUUCUUCUUUCAACACUUUUUUUGUUUUUUUCUCAUUUAUUUAUUUACCAAAUUUCAAACUCAUCAAUCUCCAUCGUUUAAAUCUCACGCAAUCUCUCUCUCUCUCUCUCUCUCUCUGUCCAAUCACAUUUUAAGCGAAAACCCCAAAUCGUCGUUUUCUUCUACAGUGAAGUUUCCGAUUUUGACCUGUGAAAUCGUUGAAUCGAAGUGAUUUUUAAGUUUCGUGUGGUUAAUUGUAGUGUUUUGAAAAAGCGCGUUGGUGUAAUGAGAAGAAGAAGUUGAAUGGUUUGAGAAGGAGUUUUUGUGUCAAAGCUUCUUUCAUGGCUGCCAAACGCGUUUAUGAAGCAUGGAAAGGAAGUAAUAAAUUCCUAUUUGGAGGAAGGUUGAUAUUUGGGCCUGACGCUAAGUCAUUGCUUUUCAGUUUAUUGCUGGUCAUAGCUCCAGUUGUCAUCUUUUGUAUAUUUGUAGCAAGGCAUCUUCGGCAUGAGUUUUCCUCAUAUAAUGCAGGAUAUGCUAUUUUGGUGGUGGCAGUUCUCUUCAAUAUUUAUGUGCUGAUACUUCUCUUUCUCACUUCUGCACGCGAUCCGGGCAUUAUACCGAGGAAUUUACAUCCACCAGAAGAAGAGUUCCGUUAUGACUCGUCCGUUUCAAUUGAUAUUGGGGGACGUCAAACACCAAGCCUUCAGUUCCCUCGAACAAAGGAAGUAAUGGUCAAUGGCCUUCCUGUAAGAGUGAAGUAUUGUGAUACCUGUAUGUUAUAUCGUCCUCCUCGUUGCUCACAUUGCUCCAUUUGCAACAAUUGUGUUGAACGUUUUGAUCAUCAUUGCCCUUGGGUUGGCCAAUGUAUUGGACUGAGGAACUAUCGUUACUUCUUUAUGUUUGUUUCUUCGGCAACCCUUCUAUGCAUAUAUGUGUUUUCGUUCUCAGCUUAUUACAUCAAGGUUUUGAUGGAUGAUAAUCAUGGGACAGUGUGGAAGGCAAUGAAAGAAUCCCCUGCAUCUGUUGUCCUAAUGGCAUAUUGUUUCAUCUCUUUGUGGUUUGUUGGUGGACUAACUGGCUUUCAUUUGUACCUUAUUGGCACAAACCAGACCACUUAUGAAAACUUUCGAUACAGAGCAGAUAACAGAACGAAUGUUUACCAUCGGGGUUGUUUAAAUAAUUUUCUGGAAGUAUUUUGCACAGAAGUGAAACCUUCAAGGAACAAUUUUCGGGCUCUUGUUCAAGAAGAAGAGGUACAGAGGCCACCUCCUCGGGUCGUUACCCGGGAACCUGAACAAGAUUUGGUAGGAGAUCCUCGUUCUAAGGUUGAAGAUGAUCUAGACAUAGGUGAAGACCUAUUAAAAAUAUCACAGCGCCGGAAUAUUGACGAAAUUGAUGAAGAUAUUCGGAGCAGAGGGAGCAAUGGACCUUACAAUAAUGCAUCUGAAGGUGAUUCAGUUUUGGGCUCAGAUCGUCGAGCUCCAACAGUUCGAUCAGAAGAAAGGCACUCAAGUUGGAGAAGAAGUGGAAGCUGGGAAAUUGCGCCAGAUGUACUUGCCAAUUCUAAUGUAACUGAAACUAGAAGCUAUGUUACUGCGCGUCAAUGAUUGCAGUUUAUUUGAUGUUUGCUUAGCAUAUCAACUUUAGGUGAUAUGAUUACUUAUAUAUCAAAAAGAUUGAAUAGGAAAUACUUCUUAAUCAGAUUACCUUUAUAGGAAUGUGAAUUGAAUUGAUUGAGGCAUUAAGUAGAAAAUCUUAUUCGACCAUUUGUGGUAAUCUUGGCUCUUAUGGAAAAUAUAGAAAUGUGCUUGUUCAAGAAA